AUGGAGCCUCUAGGGACAGUGACCAUUUUGAUGAUCAUAUGUAUCUCUUGCCUUGUUUUCCUCGCAGUCAGGAGCAGAACGCCAGAGAAUGCAAAGCAGCUGCCACCUGGCCCACCUCCACUGCCCAUCGUAGGGAAUGCUCUGCAGCUGAAGACCAACAACCUGGCCCAGGUUCUCCAGGAGUUUAGUGAGAAGUAUGGAUCUGUGUUCACAAUGUAUUUUGGAGCAGAACGUAUUGUGGUGCUGCAUGGCUAUGAUGCAGUGAAAGAAGCACUGAUUGACCGUGGAGAUGAAUUUGCUGCCAGGGGACACCUGCCAUUAGCUGAUGAUGUCAACAAGGGAUUAGGAAUUGUAUUCAGCAAUGGGGAGGUGUGGAAGCAGCUCCGACGCUUUGCCCUUACCACCCUGCGCAACUUUGGCAUGGGAAAGAAAAGUAUUGAGGAGAGGAUCAAGGAGGAAGCACAGUUCCUGCUAGAAAAGUUCCAGGACACUCAGGAGAAGCCCUUGGAUCCAACCUACUUGCUCAGUUGCGCUCUCUCCAAUGUCAUUUGUGCAAUUGUCUUUGGGAAACGAUAUGAUUAUAAUGACAAGAAGUUCCUAUCCAUGAUGAGCUUAAUGAAUGAAAACUUUCAGGUUUUUAGCUCUCCUUGGGGACAGCUCUACAACGUCUUCCCUUCUUUGAUGAAAUGCAUCCCUGGGCCCCACCACAAAGUGCUGAAAAACAACUUGGCACUCAGAGAGUUUGUUUUGGAGGAGGUUGAAGAGCACAAGCCCGCUCUGGACCCUAGCUCACCUCGGGAUUUUAUUGACUGCUUCCUUAUGAAAAUGGAUCAGGAAAAAGGUAAUAGUGCAUCCCAUUUCACCAUUGAAAACCUGGCCAUAAGCACAGUUGACUUGUUUGCAGCUGGAACAGAGACCACCAGCACCACACUGCGAUACGGGUUCAUGAUCCUCCUCAAAUACCCAGAGAUACAAGAGAAAGUGCAUGAAGAAAUUGACCGAGUUAUUGGCCGAUCACGAAGUCCUUGCAUGGCAGAUCGUGGGGAAAUGCCUUACACAGAUGCUGUCAUCCAUGAGAUCCAGAGGUUCAUCUCUCUCCUCCCACUGAGCAUCCCUCAUGCAGUACUCAAAGACACACCGUUCAGACAAUAUGUCAUUCCAAAGGGCACUACCAUAUAUCCUAUUCUGACGUCUGUGCUACAUGACAGCAAAGAAUUUCCAAACCCCAAAGAAUUUGACCCAGGACAUUUCUUGCACAAAGAUGGCACCUUCAGGAAGAGCGACUAUUUCAUGCCUUUCUCAGCAGGGAAGCGGAUAUGUGUGGGGGAAGGUCUGGCCCGUAUGGAGAUCUUCUUGUUCUUGACCACCAUAUUACAGAACUUCACUCUGAAGUCCAUCAUUGACCCCAAGGACAUCGAUCUCACACCGGUGUUGAGCAGCAUAGGCAACUUACCUCGGCCCUAUCAGCUUUGCAUUGUCCCUCGCUGAAAAGCCUGCCUCAGUAGGGCUGCACAUGUGGAAAAGUUGCAGCCUGGCAAAUCUUUGUUCAAAAAACCCAUAACACAAUAUCUCCUCAAGUGUGGAGCCCUAUCUUCUUACCUGACUAUUUGUUGAACUGUUACUUUGGGGAUCCUGCUAGAGACUAUUUCACGUUGAAGACAUUAUUGCAAUGGACAAAUAGCAGCAUUUAGAAAUUAGUCACACACACAAAAAUCCCAUUCUUAUCUUUCUUGCCCCUUCAUAUGCAUAUGUGUGCAGCGGAGUAGCUAGGCACUGGAGUGACUGGUGCGGGGGUGUGUCCUGCAGCCAGGGGCGUUUUGAGCCACCCAUGGGGGCGGGGUGAGCCUCUCCAAUGUUUGGAGCCUCUCCGCCGCCUCCCCCUCAGCUGUAGGGCGUCUGAGGGAGAUGCAGUAGGCAGACACAAAUACCACGCUGCAGUGCGAAACUUGCAGGUGCCUAAGCCACCAUGUCACUUCAAAAAAUUUCGUGAGCCCAAUUUUUUAAAAACUCAUUUUGUCACACACCCCUCAGUGAUGACAUCCAGGGCAGACUGCCCCCCCACACCCCCUUCUUCCACCACUGUAUGAGUGUGAUGGGCAAAAUCUGCCAAGAUGGAAGCUUUUUAGCCACUGAGAAGAAGUCCUGUUACUCUUUGUGUCUUUGGAGGGUGCUGCAGAAAUCAAUAGCUUUUGAAAUCUUUGCCCCUUUCACCUAGUAGAACAUCCUUGAGACUUGACAUUUACAAAUGUUUGCCAAAAAUCUCUUUAAGGGUAACCAUAUUCUAAAGAACAGAUAGCAAUACUGGAUGCAACUGAACUUCUCAGUAAGUAUGGGAAAUGAAUGGUUAGUUGGAUAUAGUUGGAUCCAGUAAUCUGCUAGUCCUAGGAAGCAUAUCUUCAAGAAAGGCACAGAGCAUAGAUGGGCAAUAUUUCCCAAGCCCACCUUGGAUGAACUUGGAUGAGAAAACUAUCUUUUUUUUCUCCUGAGCCCAACUGAGGCUCUCACUGUCCUUAAAAAUCUAGAACAGAGUGAAAAUAGCCCUCCCUCAAAUUCUCCACUUACUUUGUGGGUGGCAAAAUAAGGAAGGUCGUUUCACUGAAUAUUCCCCAAGGGAGGACUGAAAAUCUCCAGGAUAUAUUUGAGAGGGAAAACUUUCAAAGAAUUGUCAUAAUUUCUUUCCUCUCAGCCUUCCUUCAACCCUGCUCCCAUUCAGUGUAAAAGAAAAAUGUUUCCCUAGUACAAAUUCAGAGGCAGCAUGGGCAAAAUUGGUGAGGGGAGGUCCACCUAUGAAGUUAACCAAGGAAGAAUGGUCUUCCUCUUCUGUCUUCAGAAUUUUUGUUUUUGGUUCCUGCACCCUCUCAAUUAAGCUACUAUUCAAAGUAGUGAAGUAAUGUUUCUCCAUUGCAUUGCAUUAAAUGGAAGGGGCAAGAGGAAGGAACUUGUCUCUGAUUUGCAUUUUAAUUCAAGCUGGAGAAGAAUUCGGGGCUUGAAAUGCUUGUCUUCUGUCCCCAUUGAAACUCCUGAAGGUCUUCUCCAAAGCACAGUUUGGAGAAUUGUGCUGGUUCCACUUGCAUAGAAAACCACUGCUCCACUUCUUCUGGAGAAUAAGAGCACACCCAGAUGUAUGUAUUUUUUUACCUGUUUGUGAAAUGGAAUAGCUUUAUAGAUGUCCUUCACCCUCCCAGAGCUAAAUAAAGAAUACUAUGACAAAGUGAA